AUCAGAUUCUCUCUUACCUCACCAAAGCACUUUCAGUCUUUACACCUCACAGAACCACCACUUCUCUCCAUGUUAUAUGACAUGACAGGGAAGAAUAGGAAACUACACAACCAAUUUGACGCCCAGGCUUCCGCUUCGUCUUUAAGUGGCUCUACUGCAGCGAAGCCUAUUUUCAAUGGAGUUUCAAUUUUUGUUGAUGGUUUCACAGUUCCUUCCAACCAGAGCCUUCAGUGCAGGGUUGCCAGUAGUAAAACCCACUUGGAUUUUAGAUUCUGUUGCUGCUAAUAGACUUCUGAGCUGGGUACCUUACCAGCUGGACCAACUAGCUAAAAAACAAUCAAAGCUGUCAGCCUUCUUCACAAUGAGAAAUAGUAAAAUGUCGGAGGAUGUUUUAACAAAUUCCCUAUGUCAAGUAGUAUCAGAUGUUGAAGAUUCAUCUAUGAGGGUUGGUCAGUAAGUAGAAUUCAUAUUAGGAUUUUCUUUCUCUUCUUAUAUUCUUGCCUUCUAUUU